AUGGAGGUGACCACCGUGUCUCCCCCUGCCAACUCAUCCACUGAAGGAGAUGAUCUGUGUGAGAUUCAUGUCCCCGAUGUGGCCAUCCACAGUGUGACACUGCUCAUCUGCCUCUGUGGGCUGGCUGGGAACGGGGCUGUCUUCUGGAUCCUCGGGUUCUGCAUUCACAGGGAAAACAUGAAACCCAUCACUGCCUACAUCCUUGACCUGGCUAUCAUCAACUUCCUCUUCCUCAUCUUCAUGGUCCCCUCCCCUCUGCUCUUCCUGCUGGAGGAUUUCUCCUGCUCCUCCAUCAUGUCCCCAGCAUACACAGGCUUCCUUUUCCUCCUCUUUGUGAUGUUCUACAGCGUUGGGCUAUUUCAGCUGACAGCCAUCAGCAUCGAGAGGUGCAGGACCAGCCUCUCCUUUCGUGGGCUCUUCUGCCACUUUCCCCAGGGCCUCUCAUGGGUGGUGGUGAGUGCCGGGCUCUGGGCCCUUUCCAUCACUGUCAUCGCUGCCAUUUCUGCGGUGACGUCCCUCUGCGAGUCACAGGGACACAAGCACUGCCAGUGGGCUCUCAUCUGCCUGUACAUCCUCAGCUUCCUCAUCUUUGCUCCAUCCGUGGUCAUUUCCAGCACAAUCCUCUUCAUUCAUUUCAAGGGUCGCUCCCAGCUGCAGCAAUCCAAGAAGCUUGAUAUCACUGUCUUCCUCGCUGUGCUCUUCACUCUCCCCCUCAGUCUCUGGAAUUUCCUGCAGCAGCUUGGCUACACCACUGUGUCCCACCAGGUUGUUCUCCUGUUCGCCUGCAUGCACAGCAGCAUCAACCCCUUCAUCUACAUCUCAGUAACAAAGUGCUGGAGGAACUGCUCCAUGGAGUCCCUCAGGGAGCACCUCCAGAAGGUCUUUGAGGAGCCAGAAGAAAGCAGUGCCCCCAGUAAUGAUGCCACCAGGGACACGGGGGUCUGAGCCUGUUGAA